AAACAGAGAAUGUCUAUAAAAAAAUGUGUUUCGUCACUUACUUUGAUUUUCCUGCUAGCAACAACGAUUCUAUACAACCAAGCACAUGCAACAAGUCCAAUCAAAACCAUCGUUGUUCUGGUAAUGGAAAACCGAUCGUUCGAUCAUAUGCUUGGAUGGAUGAAGAAGCUAAACCCGGAGAUCAACGGUGUAGAUGGCUCGGAGUCAAACCCGAUCUCUGCAUCGGACCCUUCCUCUAAGAAAAUUCAAUUCGGGUCAGGUUCACAUUACGUGGAUCCGGAUCCAGGUCAUUCGUUUCAGGCAAUAAGGGAACAGAUAUUCGGAUCGAAUGAUACAUCCAUGGAUCCUCCACCGAUGAACGGGUUUGUUCAGCAAGCAUAUUCCCAGGACCCCACUGGUAAUAUGUCUGCAAGUGUUAUGAAUGGUUUCGAACCUGAUAAGGUUCCUGUCUACAAAUCACUUGUCUCUGAAUUCGCUGUUUUCGAUAGAUGGUUUGCAUCGGUUCCAUCGUCAACACAACCAAACCGAAUGUUCGUGCACUCAGGGACAUCAGGAGGAGCCACAAGCAAUAACCCAAAGUUACUUGCAGAAGGUUAUCCUCAAAGAACUAUUUUCGAGAAUCUUGAAGAAAACGGAAUCUCUUUUGGAAUAUACUACCAGAAUAUUCCAGCUAUAUUGUUUUAUCGGAACCUAAGGAAACUCAAAUACGUUUUUAAGUUUCAUAGCUAUGCACUCUCCUUCAAAAACGAUGCAAAGAAAGGGAAUCUCCCUGCUUAUACUGUGAUUGAGCAACGUUACAUGGAUACUAUCUUAGAGCCUGCUACUGAUGAUCAUCCAUCUCAUGACGUCUACCAAGGACAGAAGUUUAUAAAGGAAGUGUACGAGACCCUAAGAGCGAGCCCACAGUGGAACGAAACUUUAUUACUGAUCACUUACGACGAGCACGGGGGGUACUUCGACCACGUGCCAACACCUGUCCGUAAUGUCCCUAGCCCGGAUGGUAUAGUCGGACAAGAACCGUUUCUAUUCCACUUCAACCGGUUAGGUGUUCGUGUACCAACAAUAGCAGUGUCACCAUGGAUCGAGAAAGGAACGGUCGUACAUGGACCAAACGGUUCACCAUUCCCAUCAUCAGAAUACGAGCAUUCAUCUAUCCCAGCGACUGUUAAGAAACUAUUCAAUCUUUCAACACCUUUCCUCACAAAGAGAGAUGAAUGGGCUGGGACUUUUGAGAACAUUGUGCAAAUCCGAAAAGAGCCUCGAACUGAUUGUCCGGAGACGUUACCGGAGCCGGUUAAGAUAAGAAUGACAAAGGCAAAUGAAAAUGCUAAAAUGAGUGAGUUUCAGCAAGAGCUUAUACAACUAGCUGCGGUUUUAAAAGGAGAUGAUGCGCUUACAUCGUUUCCUAAAGAAACAGGAAAAGGAAUGACUGUGAUUCAAGGGAAGAGGUAUAUGGAAAAUGCUAUGAAACGAUUCUUAGAGGCGGGUCGUUUAGCCUUAUCUAUGGGAGCGAAUAAAGAAGAGCUUGUCCAUAUGAAACCUUCACUUACCGCAAGAAGACAUUAA